AUGGACAUAACUAUUCGCCCUGUUGAACCCGCUGAUAUUCCAGCCAUCGUUGACUUCGUCAAAGAGGGUCGGCUCGUCAUGUUUCCGAUGCUGGAUAUAGAAUCGCAGAAUCAGUAUGCGCAACAGGAACUUGCCAAAUUUCAGCAAAGAUUCAUAGAUUCCUCUCACGGAUGGUUUCUUGCGGCCUACUCGAAUGACCAGCUUAUUGCAACUGUCGGCUACCUGGCCUACGAUGACCGAUUCCCCAAGCUUGGACUUGGUUGCGAAGGCGUUGUCGAGGUCGUAAGACUGUUCGUCAACCCAGCUUGGCGCCGCGCAAAGCUCGCAUCUAGAUUGAUGACCAUGCUGGAAGAAAGAGCAAGACAAACGGGAAUCAAAACACUAUACUUGCAUACCCACCCCUUCUUGGACGGCGCAAUCAAGUUCUGGGAACGACAGGGGUUCGCAAUCGUGGGUUACGAAGAUGAUCCCUUUUGGCAGACGACACACAUGAGCAAACGCAUAGCAGAGUGA